UUUUCAUUCAAUGAUAUUUGCGUUCUUAUUUAUUUUCCAACAGUUAUCUCCCCUACUGGGGUUUCUUACAAGAAGUUGCAAAAGCAAAGGAAAGUGGCGGGAAGUGUGUGUGCAGUUUUCGUGAUAACAACAAUAAAGAAAAUAAUAUUUCUGGCAUUCUACACUACACAACCAUCAUGCAGAAGUCAAUAAUGUCCUUCUUUACUUCCAAGACGAAGGAGAAAGAGCCUGAAGAAAGUGUAACUGUCAAAAAAGAAGACAAAUCACCACUUAAGGUUAAAAAUGGAUCUCCAUCAAAAGAAAGCGACUCUCCUAUCAAGGCUCCAUCUCGAAAGAAGAAGGCCAGAAUCAUUGAGAGCGAUGAUGAAGAAGAGAAUGUAGAUGUUGUGAUGGAGGAAACAGAUGAAGGCAAGGGAGAUAAUCCAGAUGUCAAAUCUAGUCAAGAGAAAUCUAAGGAAGAGAAGCCAAUGACGACUGUGAUUAAGACACCACACAAAGAUAAACCAGAAGGAAAGGAUUCAGGUGUGUCAUCCCAAUCCUCUCCCUCGGAGCCAAGCACACCUGUCAAAUCUCCAUGUGGAAUUCCUAAAAGGAAAACAGCAAGGAAGAGCAUGGGUGGGGGAAGUGCUGUGAAGAGGAAGAGUGUCUCACAGAGUCCCAAAAUAGACAGUCCUGCCAAGAGGAAGAAGAAGCUGAUCUCGGAUGAUGAGGAGGAAGAGGGACAAGAGUCUGAGACAGGUGUAGAAGAAAUAAAGCAGGACGACAUCGAGAUGAAAGAACUAAGCUCUGAAGAAAACAGUCCUGAAUCAAAAGAUAAAGACGAAGACACUGAAGCAAAGGAUGAGCCAAAGGAUGACAAGGAGCAAGAUGUUAGCAUGUCGGAGGAACAGGAAGACAGCACUGAUAAGAGAAAAGACUCCAAGGAAAAGAAGGAAAGCAAGGGAAAGAAGGAAAGCAAGGGAAAGAAAGGAAAAUCUCCGGCUACCAAGAAGACAACUGGUAAGAAAUCACCAAAAGCAAACAGCAAGAAGAAUCUAACGAAAGAAGAAAAGAAAGAAGUGAAAGACAAAGAUAAUGAAAAGGAAGAAGAGAAAGACAGUGAAAAGGAAGAAUUGAAAGAGAAUGAGAAGAAAGAGGAGAAAAAACCUGUUCACAGCUUUUUUGCUCCAAGAAAGCCUGUUAAGGUUGAAGAAAAAGAAGAAUCAAAGUCUGAUGUUAAAAAAGAAGUAACAAAGUCUGAUGUUAAAAAAGAACAAGAAACACCUGAUAAAAAAAUUAAGAAAGAAAGCCCAUCUCCAAGUAGCGGCAAGAAAUCCUCGGAUGGAGAGUAUCACCCCUCGAAGUCCAAGUACCAUCCUGUUGAUGACGCAUGCUGGAAGCACAAGGAAAAAGUUCCAUAUCUGGCACUUUCAAAAACAUUUGAGGCCAUCGAGGAUACAUCUGCUAGGCUAAAAAUGAUUGAGAUCCUCUGCAACUUCUUCCGAUCAGUGAUCGCACUGUCUCCAGGUGAUCUGCUCCAGUGUGUGUACCUCUGUCUCAACAAGCUGGCCCCGGCCUAUGCCGGCCUAGAGCUGGGCAUCGGGGAGACAGUGCUCAUGAAGGCCAUUGCUCAAGCUACAGGUCGCAGUGUAGAUAAAAUAAAAACAGAUGCACAAGAAAAGGGAGAUCUCGGGUUGGUGGCUGAGAGCAGCCGAAGUACCCAGCGGAUGAUGUUUGCACCACCUAAACUUACUGUGAUGUCAGUGUUUACCAAACUCAAGGAUAUUGCCAAUAUGACUGGACACUCAGUGAUGACCAAGAAGGUGGAGAUGAUUAAAGGAUUAUUUGUCGCCUGCCGACAGUCAGAGGCUCGAUACUUAAUCCGAUCGCUGGGAGGCAAGUUGCGAAUCGGCUUAGCAGAGCAAUCAGUACUUACAGCACUAGGGAAUGCUGUCUUCCUCACACCCCCAGGGCAAGAGUACCCCCCGGAGAUAGUGGAUGCUGGGAAAGGCAUAGCUGCUGAUGCUCUCAAGAAGAAACUGGAUGAGGCAGCACUUGUGAUCAAGACGACCUAUUGCGAGCUGCCCAACUAUGACACCAUUAUCCCCGUGCUGCUGAAGGAGGGCCUGGAGGAGCUGCCCAAACACUGCAAGCUGACACCAGGUAUUCCCUUGAAACCAAUGUUGGCGCACCCAACGAAGGGUGUGAGCGAGGUGCUACGCCGAUUUGAAAACAUGGAAUUUACCUGUGAAUACAAGUACGAUGGGGAGAGGGCGCAGAUCCAUCUCCUGGAGAACGGCAAGAUCCACAUCUACAGCCGAAACUCCGAAGACAAUACCUCCAAAUACCCGGACAUCAUCAAGCGGAUGCCAAAUGCCGUUACGGAAGAGGUCAAGUCGUGUGUCAUCGACACGGAGGCUGUAGCAUGGGACCCUGAGAAGAAGCAGAUCCUACCCUUCCAGGUUCUCAGUACCAGGAAGAGAAAGGAUGCUGACGUGGCUGAGAUUAAAGUCCAAGUGUGUGUGUAUGCCUUUGACCUCCUAUACUUCAACGGCGAGUCUCUAGUCCAACAACCUUUCAGAAAGAGGAGAGAACUGUUGCGUACCAAGUUCACAGAGGUUGAGGGAGAGUUUGUAUUUGCCAAAUCCAUGAUAGCAUCUAAUACAGAACAGAUAGAGGAAUUCUUGGAUGAGUCUAUAAAAGGUAACUGUGAGGGACUGAUGGUGAAGACUAUGGAUGUGGAUGCCACGUAUGAGAUAGCCAAGAGAUCACACAACUGGCUCAAGGUGAAGAAGGACUACCUGGAUGGUGUAGGGGACACCCUGGAUGUGGUGCCCAUUGGGGGCUACCUGGGCUCUGGCAAGAGGACCGGGUGGUACGGGGGCUUCCUGCUUGCCUGCUAUGAUGAGGAGAAUGAAGAGUUCCAGUCCAUCUGCAAGAUUGGCACUGGCUUCACAGAUGAGUACCUGGAGAAGCACACUACUUUCCUGAAGGAGCAUCUCAUAGAUAAACCAAAGCCCUACUACCAGUACGACUCCAGUCACGAACCCGACCACUGGUUUGAUGCAGUCCAGGUGUGGGAGAUUAAGGUCGCUGACCUCUCAAUAUCCCCUACCCAUAAGGCCGCAGCGGGACUGGUUGAUCCAGAAAAAGGCAUAUCGCUGAGAUUCCCCCGCUUUUUGCGUAUCCGUGACGACAAGAAGACCGAACAAGCAACAUCUGCCACUCAGGUGGCCGAGAUGUACAAGAACCAGCAUCAGAUUCAGAACCAACAGAAGGGAGGGAAGAAGGAAGAAGAUGAGGAAGACUUCUACUGAUUUGUUGUCAUGAAAAUAUCAUUUCUAACAAUGGACAUCUUGCAGAUCUGUUGUGAUUAGGACUUCUGAGGAUCUGCUCUAAAGAAGAUGAGGAGAGAUUCUGAUGUGUUGUAAGGAAAACAGGACCAGGACCGCUUCUGGUCAGGGUGUCUGCAGACUGAUGUUUUCUCUACUCGUGUACUAAUUCGAUCAAACAGAACAGUACAGUUGUGUGAGAUUGUUCUUUAGUGCUAGUUACAUUGAAUAGUUUCUAUUUGCCCAUGGAAACACUUUAAGUCUUAGACCAAGUCAAUUUAAAAAGGUCAAUGCUUUGUUUGAUUGACUGUUACAAUCUACAGGUAUGCCACUACUUGGCAGUGAUCUCUUAAAGAACAUGUCAGUUUCUGUAGCAUGUGUAUUCACUGCGUAUCAUUGAGGUCACCUGUCUUACUAUUAGAACCAUGCUUCUGAUUAACUGAACCUUAAUUGUAAAUAGGCUAUGCGACCGGGCCAACAUAAUCCUGUGCCAUUUAAUACUUUCAUCAUCAUCAUGAUCACGGGGCGGUCGGGUAGCCUAGUUGUUAAAGCAUUUGCUUGUCACGUCAAAAACCCAGGUUCGAUUCCCGACAUGGGUACAAUGUGUGAAGCCCAUUUCUGGUGUCCCCUGCUGUGAUAUUGCUGGAAUAUUGCAAAAAGAGGCAUAAAACCAUACUCACUCACUCAUUCAUCAUGGUCACUGUUUCAGCUUACAGCUUUGUUGUGUACAUCAGCUGGAUAAAACUAUCUCUUGGGCAUGGAAUCCACAUUAACAUCAUUCAAUUUUGACAGAAUAAUAUCUGUAUGUUUUGAACUGAAAUUAUGUCUAAAGUUUGACAGAAUAAAAAUGUUCUGUAUGUUUCGAAAUUA